AUGGACCCGCUUUCUAUCACGACCGCGGUUGCCAGUCUCAUCACCUUGGCAGACAAGAAAUUGAAGAGCCUUCUGUCAGAGGUGGAAUGUUUCAAGCUGCUUCUUGAACAGAUGGCAAUCACAAUGAAAGAUAUCAACGUGGACGCUGGCGUGCAGGAGACAGGUCACUUGGGCAACCACUUGAGGAGUAUAUCGGUAUGUAUAACCGAUGGAAUCGCGCUGUUGGAGCAAAUGCACCAGACAGUGCGAUCGGUCGGCAAGACCAGCAGACUGCUUGAUGGCGUUCGAAAACAUUUCCGACUACAGUCUGCGUCCGACGAGAUAUCCAUGUAUCACGAUCAGAUCCGCUCGUAUCGUGAUACGAUCCAACUCUCGAUGCAGACUAUGAUCCUGGGUGCAGAUGAGCUCAGACAUUUGCAUAAUCGACGAGACUGCAUGAGAGCUGCGGCAGAGGUCGUUUCCUCGGCGUCGACUGUCUUUGGUUUGGACGAUAGAAUCUCCACAAGCGCACCAUCAGACUUCAACGAAGUUUUUCCUCCAAAUCCUAGCGAGCCGAUGCUUAGGUGGUUCGGCGAGGUCGAGCCCAGCGAAUAUGAGGAACCCGAUGUCGCCUUAGAGCCUGCUCGUUGGGGGACCCUGAAUGUUCUCACUGCACCUGGACUCGCUCAUGGUUUUGACGCCUCCAGUGUCGUCCUCUCGACACACAAUGUGGAAGACUCGGAUUCAGAUGGAGAGAUGGAGGCUGAAAUUGUCCAACUUCAAUUGGAAAAGGGAAGGCUGGAGCUGCAAUCGGGAAACUUCGAGGGAGCCGAGAAGAUGCUCAGAAAUGGCCUGAUAAGGUUGAACCGCUAUAGAUCACGUCAUUUCAGCCCCGAGCUGAAGUUAUCGGUAUCACAUGCGCUCCUUAAUACUUAUUCGCAGCAAGGGAACUGGGAGAAAGCCAAAGAAGUCACCACGGAGCGGCUGGCCAUUUUGUCCGGGCACAAUUUUGAAAAUUCUGACCAAUACCUCGAUGAAAUCCUGAGUUUGGCUGACAUCCUCCUUAGGAUGGGAGAUUCCGUCCAAGCUCGCGUCUAUACCAGAAAAUGCUUGAAGGCGUACCGCGAACAAGGUGAUAGAGGUCGGGAAGGCCUGGAACAAUCGUUAUGCCUGAUGAUUGCCAUUUGUCAAUCUGAGAACAACCCUGAGGAUGAGGAGGCGUUCAAACUGUUGCUCACACACAGCAUGGCACAAAACUCGAGACCCGAGAACCGGACCGUCGUGUUACCUACGCUGAACGACGACGGAGAAUUGUCUUUCCAGCCCGUUGACACGAGCCCGCAGGUCAACAUUCCCCGCGAUAGUCUGGACCAACAAGCCUUUGCGGACCCCUAUGCCUUGGAUGAUUUGCUAUGUCAGCCGGACCAUCACAAUUCGAGUAAUGCGGGCCAUACCGCGGACACGUUGGGGCCUGGCGCGGAAUUAAGCACCCCAUCUCUGGGGACGAAUGAUUCUCGAAUUGAGCUAGGCUCAUCGGCUUUGCAAACACUUCCUGAUACGCAAGGAAGGCCUCCAUUUUUGCCAAAUGCCAUUUCAGUCACGCAAGAAGCACAAACGAAAUCUACAGAGUUCACGUACAGCCCCAGAGUUUGCGAACAAGGGGAAGAUGCAACGAUCGAGUGCGAUCUCACAGUGCCUACAGUGAGUGACGAGGAUAAGGAGAGCCAUUUGGCAGCGGAAAAUGAUCGAUCAGAUGGCAGCAACCAGUCUCCUUGUCCAGAGAGGAGUACCUCAACCUUAGAAAGCUUUUCAAACGCCUGGCAGAACGACUUUGAGCAACACAGCACUUGCUCUUCUGAGGCUGAAGAGGAUGUAAUAUGUGUUGGACCAUUGUGGCAGAGGCAGUUGCCUUCGGGCUUCGAAUCUCCACAACGAAACACAGUCAGCCCAGCUGAUGCGCACGCAGAGACAUUGCCAGUAGAUUUCGAAAUCUAUGUAUCUUCAGACAUGUCUCAUACAGUAUCUGGAGCACAAAGUCACGCGGACAGUCCAUCUCAAGAUACUGCUACAACGACCCAGCGCGAAUUGGAGUCCUAUCAGACGCAGCGUGUCGACAUGCCUAAUGAUCCACCCGAUAUUAUCGUUUUCUCAGACAUGAACCAGGCAGAAAUCACACGAUCAUCGUGCUCUGAUUCAGUCAAAUCGACGAGGCUCUCUUCAGCCUCUGAUUCGCGAGAAAUCGAAUCAUCAGCUAAUUCUACAGCAGAUGAUCACUGGUCCCAGGGACGAUCUGAUUGUGACUUGCCACGCGCCGACUCCCCAUCGACGUCUAUGACGACUCUCAACUCAGCGACAUACUCAAAUUUACGGGAAAGAAUCACUGUGCUAGUUGUCGGAGAGUCGUGCUGUGGGAAGACAUCCCUCAUUUGGAAAUUCAUUCAAAAGACUGGAAGUUCUACUAAGCCUCAAAUCACGUCCUUUACUGUCCCCUACCCUGCGAGUGUCGACGUCGCCUCGAAUGGAGAGGAACAAUUAGAGCUCAUUAUCUGGGAUACUCCAGGAUUGGAAGCGAAACAGUCAUUUGAAAGCAUUGCAACUGUCCAGAAUGUACAAUGUGUUCUCCUCUGCUAUUCAGUAGGCGAUCCGGAUCUUGCUGCAAACAUAGAGGAUAUUUGGAUACAUAAGCUCAAAAAGUGCCUCCCAGGCACGCCAAUCAUCUUGGUCGCACUCCAGACGGAUUUGCGAGACGACGCGAGGGUUCUGAAAGAGCUUGGGGGCAGGAAAGACCAUCCAUGUAGUUUUGCCGAAGGAGAACGCUUCAAAGAUCGCUUGGGUGUCGCGAAGUAUCGAGAGUGCUCGGCGUGGACAGCAGAAGGUGUGGAUGAAGUCUUCCGUCAGGCAGCGAUUGAGGGCUUGAGACAUAAGGUCUCGAAACAAAAGGGAAGAACAAGCAAGAUCUCCGGAGCUUUCGGGAAGUUUCUAAGAUAG